AUGGACGAACAAUUACCAGUGCGGCAGUCAAGCCACCUGCCUCCCCUCAAUUGGGAUGAGUUCCAUGAAAGCACAUCCUCAUCCGAACCUACUUACCCCUUGCUACACGAGUUCGUGACCUCUGAUAUCAAUUCAAUGUUCUCAGCUCGCUCCUAUCCCCAGCCCAAUUCAUAUAACACUCUAAAUGCUCAAUAUAGUGUGCCAUCGUCCAGUCAUGGCGACUUAGCUCUCAGGUCUACAUCUUACUUAAACUCGACGAACACAAAACAAACACCCCUUCCUAACCCGACGGCAUCGGGGCUACAAAAACGCCAGGGACAUGGAUCCAAGAAGGCCGCAUCGCCAGGGAAGAACCGCGGAGCUCCCCGAGACGGUGGAGGUAGAAACGAAACCCCUGAAGAGCGGAGGCGCAUUCAAACUCGCUUGGCACAACGUGCAUAUCGUUCACGACAGCAAGCAUCAGUGGAAAGCCUUAGGAAUCGAAUUUCUUUUCUGGAGACCUCAGUAGAGAAAAUGAGCUCUGCUAUGCUGUCGUUCAGUGACCAACUAGUCCAGAGUGGUGUGCUUAGGUCACAGUCAGCUUUGACCACCAAUUUACGCGAUACGAUGAAGAUAUUUGUUUCUUUGGCAUCCGGGGCAAGCAUCGACGAGGGGACGAGGAUCCCGGGUGACUCCAAUAGAGCAACUGACUUGCCGCCAAGCCCACCACAACCUACCACCAAACGCUUGUCUCUGGACGUCCCCCUUCACUUGCCCUUGGUGGACAGCGGAGUAUAUCAUUCUCAAAGUGCUGUCCUACCGGCGGUCGUCGAGUCAACUAGAACGUUGAUUAUAGACGUAACCGAAUUCAUUGAAAGGCUGCUCCUAGUCGCCUUAUAUCAAGGACAUCUGGCUCUAAGCAAUCCGUCCUUCGGCACGGACCAACUCCAAAGGCCCUUUGGGCUUAUUUUUACUAUGAUGAACCGGAGCGCGGGUGCCUUUGUCCCUCGUUUCCAGAGAUGGGGCACCGUGGAGGACCCCUUAUCACUGGUUACGGCAGAUUUACGAAAGCAGCUAGAAGGGGAUUGGUUUGACUUACAAGAUCUAGAGGGGUAUCUUCGCGAUAAGAAUGUGCUCCUGGUUGUGCCAGCAGGUGAGCCAACAAGAUACUCGGGAGGGCGGAAUAAUAUCAAUGUCUCGCGUUUUAUAUCAGCAUUGAUCCCCAGAGGAGUUUGCCUGGGCCGAACACCUGGGUUUAAACGUGGUGAUGUGGAGGAGGUCCUGCAUUUUUCAACAAUUGUGUAA